CAUUCUCUGCGCACGCGCACAUCUUGCGGGGGCCGCCUCAGCCGCCGGCGCCCCCACCGCAGCUCUAUGGUCUCUCCCUGGAGUCUUGCCUUUGGGGGCAGCCGCUGAGGUCCUGCGGCUCUGCCUGGCCGGCGCAGCAGCGACAUGGAGGAAUUCGACUCUGAAGACUUCUCCACCUCGGAGGAGGACGAAGACUAUGUGCCGUCAGGUGGAGAGUAUAGUGAAGAUGAUGUAAAUGAAUUAGUGAAGGAAGAUGAAGUGGAUGGUGAAGAGCAGACACAGAAAACCAAAGGGAAAAAAAGAAAAGCUCAGAGCAUUCCGGCCAGGAAGAGAAAACAAGGCGGCCUCUCCUUAGAAGAGGAUGCGGAGGACGCCAGCGAGGACUCGGAGGGCGGUAGCAGCGAGGAAGACGGCGCAGCUGCGCGGCAGGAAAAGGGUGUGGGGUCAGAUGACGCGAGGAAGAAGAAGGAGGAUGAGCUGUGGGCCAGCUUCCUCAAUGAUGUAGGACCAAAGCCAAAAGUGCCCCCAGAUACACAAGUUAAAAGUGGAGAGAAGACUGAAGAGAUGAGUUCCAGUAAAUUGUUGGUCAGAACAGAAGAGCUGGAGAAACCUAAAGAAACUGAAAAAGUUAAAAUCACCAAGGUGUUUGAUUUUGCUGGUGAAGAAGUCAGGGUGACUAAGGAAGUGGAUGCUACUUCUAAAGAAGCCAAAUCCUUCUUCAAGCAAAACGAGAAGGAGAAGCCACAGGCUGCCGGCCCUGCCGCCGUGUCGCCGCUCCCUGCGGGGUCCGGGUUAAAAAGAUCAAGCGGCAUGACGAGCCUUUUGGGGAAAAUUGGAGCCAAGAAGCAGAAGAUGAGCACCCUAGAGAAGUCCAAAUUGGACUGGGAGAGCUUCAAGGAGGAAGAGGGCAUUGGUGAAGAACUAGCCAUCCAUAAUCGAGGGAAGGAAGGGUACAUUGAACGGAAGGCUUUUCUAGACCGAGUGGACCACAGGCAGUUUGAAAUCGAGCGAGAUCUCAGGCUGAGCAAAAUGAAACCCUGAUGUUACAGGGGAAAUCAGUAGCAGCUGUUUACAAUGUGAGCUUCUUGUGCGUCUGUGAAAUGUUUCCGGUGUUUCUCUUCAGCUUUUUCCCAGCAAGGUCUUUUUUCUACGUUGAAUUUUCUGUCUUUGUAUCUUGACUUCACGUGAUUUCAUUCAUUUUACUUUUAAAAGUUUGUCCUUACAAAAAUAAAAAUAAAAGUUGGUCCUAAAAGAGGGUGGUGCAGAGGAGGGCCCUACUGGCCUUCCCCUGACUCUGCUGUGACGGCCACACGGAGAGUCCCGGGCCUGCCUGGGCUGCCCCCGGGGACAGAGCUGACCAGCCUGGGUAUGAGUUUCUGCGCCCUGCCCCAGAGCCCGAGGGAGGGAGGCUCACUUGUGUGGCGGGUGGGGCGCCAGGUCCCUGGGCAGUUUUGUUCUUGUUCUGCUGGUGCUUCUCUCCAGAUCUCUUCCCCUCUCCCGAACGGGAUUCCUGGUUACCAGUAUAAGGGCAGGCUGAAAAUAAGCACAGGCUACUGCUGAAUUCGGGAGUUUUUCCCCCUUUGGCUUUUUUCCUCUCCCAGAGUUCAGGCCAGUUUAAGAUGUGCUUCAGCCUCAGUAAUUCCUUUUUUGUUUGCCAAAGACUCCAAAAGACUUCCUUUUUUAUUCUCCUUUGGAAAUUUUAAAUUCCAAACUUGGUAGUAAUAAAGCAGUAAACCCCA